CAGAAUAUACAGUAUCAACUCAACACUUGCCUCUGGCGCCUAUUUAAUUUGGCCGGGUGCCGAGGUACCUAGGACAAGCAAGCAGGCUAUUAUUGUAGUAAGCUGGUAGUACCGUCUGUCUAGCUAGCUUCUGCUAAGCGGAGAGGAGAGGAGAAGGCCGUCGAUCGACGGACGGCAAUGGCGGAGACGGUGAUCACGUCGGUUCUGUCCAAGUGCAGGGAGGUGGCGACGCAGGAGAUUCUGCGGGAGGCCAAGGUGCUCCUCCAGGUGGGAGAAGACAUCAUGCUGCUCCGCGACCGCCUGGAGUGGCUGCAGGCAUUCGUCCGCGACGCCGACCGGAAGCGCCGCGUCGGCGCCGACGACCUCACACGCAUCUGGGUGCGCCAGACGCGUGACGUCGUCUUCCAAGCCGAGGACGUGCUCGACGAGUUCUUCCAUAAGGUCAUUCGUGCUUUCCGGCAGAUAGACAUAGAAAGCAAGCUUUAUCAAGGCCCACGAAAAUGGCUCGCAUACUUGACUGACAUGGGGACCCAGAUCACUGUUCGACAUUGGUUGUCUAGUCAAAUCAAUAAAAUCAAGAGCAGACUCGACCAAAUCUCGAAGAACCAAAAGGAAUUCAACAUCGGCCAUACGCCAUCAGGUAUAUGGACAUCUGCCAACACGGACCACACGGACCCUGUAUCAUGGGAGGAACUACAGAAGGUCGUGGGCUUUGAGAAGGAUGUGGAGAGACUUGUGGAACUACUGCGUCGUGAAGAUCAUCCCCAGAAAAUGUUCAUCUCCAUACUGGGGGAGAGUGGUGUCGGAAAGUACAGGCUCAUAAAGCAAACAGUCAUUACUGUGUCUGAUAGUUUCAACAUCGUAGUCCAAUUUAUAAUGCCGCGAGGUUGCAGCGUGGAAGAUGCCCUCAGAGAAGUCUACCGGAUAGCACUUGAUCCAACAAAGAGACAAGGCAGUGUAUCUCGUGAGGCAGGCAUUGCCGAUGUUGUUAAAGAGCUCCGUCUCCUUCUGGCUGACAAGAGGUACCUGCUGAUUCUCGUUGGCGUAUCCUCAAAAAUCUUCCUGAAUUGCAUGGCGGCGAGCUUGCCAGAUGGCAAGAGGGGCAGCUGGGUGCUGCUCGUAUUGGAGCCUGAAAGCAAGGAAGUCGCGUGCCAUGCGGCUACGCUGAACCUGAAGGACAUCAACGGCACCCGCUACCAGUUAGGCCGCUUGGAUAAAGAAAAGAGUGGACAUCUGUUCCGUUGCAGGGUCUUUGGCUCCCAGGGAGAGAAGUUGGUCCAGGCACACCCACGAUCCGAAGAGGAAAAUCAGAUGGAAAGAUAUGAAAAGGAUGUGCACAAUAUAACCGGUGGCCAUCCUCUGGCUAUAGUGGUUCUGGCCGGGCUGUUGCGAUCCAAGGAGAGACCCCUGGAGUGGGAUGCCGUGCUGCAACACUUCAAGCCAGGAACGGUAGAAGAAGAAACAGAAGACGGUGGCGGGACAAAAGACAAGUCUGCAGUCGAGUGGCUGCACAAGAUGAUGACGAGCCCGGCCCCUGCAGAGGGGGAACCUAAGCUGUCCAAAAGAAUGGCGAUCGAGAGGAUAUUCUCGUCGAGCUUCGACGACCUCCCCCAAGACAUCAAGUUGUGUUUCCUCUACUUCGCCGCUUACCCCAAGGAUGUCUUGCAUCGAGCCGAUCAUAUCGUGCGGAUGUGGACGGCCGAGGGUUUCAUCAGACCAUGCAACGGCAAGACCAUGGAAGAGCUGGGACAACUUUACCUCCAGGAGCUUGUCUCCAGAUCCCUGCUCGAGUGGCAAAAUAUCAACUGCUGCGGUGGUUUCGAGAAGGUCAGAGUUCACAACCGUCUUCUUGUGUUCCUGCAGUCAGAAGCUCGCGAGGCUAGCUUCAUCGAGGUGGUCGACAGCAAUGACGUCCUUGCACCGGCAUCGGUGCGCCGUCUCUCUAUUGACAAUGAAAGUGGCAGCCUCAUCAGAUUCACCAACAAGUUCCCCAAGCUGCGUUCUUUCAUAUGCCGCAUCUCGGAGCAAGUACAAGGCAACAAAGACAAGAAGCAAAGCCAAGGCAGCGGCGCUGGCCAGGGCCAAGAAAAGAAGCAAAGUCGAAGCAGCAGGGAUCUUUAUGAUCUCAAGUUUCUCCGUGGGUCCAAGUUCCUUCGUGUACUCUCCAUGGAGGGAUCGAACCUCACAGAGUUGCCAGAUGAGAUCGGUGACAUGAUUCACUUGCGCUAUCUACGUGUUGCCUGCACCCACCUGAAGAAUCUCCCCUCCAGCAUAAAAAAACUUCUCAACUUGCAGACGCUCGACAUAAGCGGUACCGAUAUCGACAAGAUUGAUCAAGAUUUCUGGCUGAUCAAGACCCUGAGGCAUGUGCUUGCAAGGAAACUCAAGCUUCCAGCGUCAGUUGGAAACAUGAAAGAACUUGAUGACCUACAGACGCUUCAUGGUGUACAGCUCAGCAAACAGGGAGAAGAUAUGCAGCCCCAUUGCGGGUUCUCAAAACCAAUAAAGCCUCCCGAGUAUCCAUUGGACAUGAUGACUAGACUCCGAUCGCUGGAAAUUUGCGGAUUCAAUCAUACGGAUCAUGCAACUGCACUGGAGAGUGCUCUCGGUAACAUGCAUCUCCUUGGGCACUAGAAGCUGGUAGGUGAUGAGAUCCCUUUGUGUGUCUUCACUGAACCGAGACUUCAGUGCCUCCAGACCAUGGUGCUAGAUGGCACUGUGGAGUGGCCCGAGCUUACAGCAUUGGAUGUUAUACAUAACAGGCCGAACCUCGUCAGCCUCAAAGUAAGUAGAAUCACAGAUGAACUGAAGGUCCUAAAUGAACAGAAGAAGAUGGAGCCAGAGCUAGUGACUCUGAUGUACAAAUGAGCAGACUUCCAAAUUCCAAUUGCUCUUGGUGCUCCGGUUUCUAUUUCUCCAAAUGUGUCUGUCAUCUGGGGUCGCACUUACCAGCGCAAGGCCCCUGCUGCAGGUCCACAACCUAGUUCGUGUCAUGGUUGAAUUGCUUCUAGCUUAAAGAUCUACAGUUAAGAUCUAAGUCGGAAAGGUUUCGUCCCGAAGAAGGUUACCCUGCCGACCUGAUCUGCUUAGAGUUUCGUUCUUUUUACUUCAAGUUGUAAUUGGUUUUUAUAAUCCUCUCUCCAUUAGUUCAAUAUAAAGCAAGCAGAAAUUAUCAAUCUAA